AUCCUUCAAGAGAAGCUUCUGAAAUUCCUUUCUGGUGCUUCUCUAGACAAAUAGAUACGAGGAAGAAUUGAUUGACACCACGAAUUAAACUAAAUUUACCCUUUUGUUUUGCUUUUUCUUCAACUGAGCAAACUAGAUCCAAUUGAGAUUGUCAUUUAGUUUGUAGUCUAUUUGAUAAAAAGAGAAAAUAGUUGCCAUGCAUUUACUGCAUCCAUGAAUGUCUUUCUUUUUAUCUUACCAGGAGAAGCUGAAAGGACAUGAAACAUGUACUAGUGUAAGCAGCAGUUCUUAUAGUGUGAAGACAAUCAGGCAUGGAGAGAGCCUAUCUGCAUCGCUUUCUCCUAUUCUACGUUCCAAUGCAAAAAUAGCUCCAAGAACUGAGGCUCAUCCUAAUGCUACCCAGAACAUUCAGAAUUUCGCUCUUUUACACGCUUCCAUAGCAGAUAUCAUGAAAAACAAACUUGGCAACUCUCAACACCGCAGGUCUAUCUCUACAUUGGAUUUGCGAACCCUUGAUCUAGAGAAGAUAUCAAAACUUUACGGUGUGGAUCAAGAGUAGGUGAUGGGGUAUGAUCUCUCUAUUGAGCUCAAAGUAUUAUGUAAUAUGAAUCAGUAAUAUAUUCAGCUUUAUGCCUGAAUUUUUCCUUUAUGAUUUGUGUUAUAGAUAAAUAAACACUGUUGACUUAUU